AGCAACACCAUUUUCACAUCCACCACCACCACCACCACCACAACUCAGCUGCUUUAACAAUUUUUCCCAAAUCGAAAUGGCAGGAAUUUCCAGAGCUCAAUUCUCUUCAGUUUUGCUACUCAUUUUCGUGUCAUUGAGCUUCUCAGAAGCUAGAGACCACCUCGUCGGCGGCAAAUCCGGCGCCUGGAAGGUCCCUGCCUCCGACGCGGAGUCUCUCAACCACUGGGCGGAGAAAUCGCGUUUCAACAUCGGAGAUUCUCUAGUCUGGGAAUACGAUGGAUCCAAGGACUCGGUUCUGCAAGUGACGAAGAGAGAUUACGUGACCUGCAACACGUCGAAGCCGAUCGAGACCUACACCGGCGGCAGCACCAAGGUGAAGCUCCCGCACUCCGGUCCGUACUAUUUCAUCAGCGGCGCCAACGGCAACUGCGAGAAGGGGCAGAAGUUGAUCGUUGUGGUCAUAUCGGAGAGGCGCAGCAGCAAUUUGAUAAAUUCUCCGGCGCCUUCGCCGGCGGAGAGUGAGGGUCCGGCGGUAGCGCCUGCUCCUGCCAGCGGCGCCGGAAGCUUGAGUGGUGGAUUUUUGGCGGUGGUGCUGGCGGCGAUGUUGGUUGCGGUGUGAAGAAAUUUGGGAGUUUGCUAAUGGUGAAGGAAGUAGGAAUGGUUAUUUGUUUGAUUCUUUUGGAAUGGAGUUUAUUUUUUUAUGUUUUUUUCGGAUUUAAUUAUUUUGGUGUAAUUGAGAUUACAUUUCGAAAUAUAUUCGAUUAGUUUAUGUGUUCAA